AUGUAUAAUAGUCAAAUUGAGCAAAGCUAGUUUUCUGAGGCAAUUCAGAAACUUGAGCUUUUUAUAAGUUGCCGAUAAUUAGAUGAUUUAGACACAGUUUCUGUUAGUGACCCUUAUGUAAUUAUGUAUCAAAAAAACAACAAUUAUUGUAAGGAUUCAAUUAAUCUCAUAUAGGGACAAAAAUUGGAUAAACAGAAUUGAUUUGGAAUAAUUUAAAUCCAAAUUUUGCUACUUCAAUCUAAUUGGAAUAUCAUUUUGAAGUUUAGCAACAUUUAAAAAUGGAAGUUCAUCAUUACAUUAGUCCAACUUAAUCAAAAGUAUAAUAUUUUUGAAUAUUAUAGAUUAUCGGUAUUGCAGAAACUACUGUUGCUGAAAUAGCUGGUUCUAAAGAUCAAAUUUUUAUGGGUGAUUUAGUUAAUAUUUCUGGAAAGAAAAGUGGCAAGAUAAUUGUUAAAGCAGAUUAAGUUAAAUAAUGUAAUGAUGAGCUCUUACUUACUUUAUCUGGUCAUAGCAUACCUGAAACUAGAUUUUGGUUUUGGCAUGGAACAUGUCCAUUUUUAAGAUUUUAUAGAUUAAGAAAAGAUGACAAUAAUCCUGUUUUAGUUUAUGAAACAGAGUUUGCAAAGGACACAACUUCUCCAUUAUGGAAAUAAAUUAGUUGCAAAGCAUAAAAAUUAUGUAAUGGAGAUUAUCAAAUGCCUAUUAAAGUUGAAUUAUGGGAUUAUAGAAGUUCUGGUAAGCAUAUUUAUUUAGGGGAAACAACUUUUUGUGUAGAAGAAUUAAAAGAGCAUAGUACAUAGAAUAAAAUAUUAAAAAAGGAGUUUAAAAACAAAAUGAAAAAGAAUGAAUCAUCAGGUGUUCUAUAAUUCAAUAAAUUUUAAUUAAAAACUCGUUAUACAUUUUUAGAUUAUUGUGCUGGAGGAUAAUAAUUAAAUUUAAUAGUUGCUAUUGAUUUUACAGCAUCAAAUGGUAAUCCUAAUGAUCCAAAGUCUCUUCAUUAUAUGACUUUAAAUGGUGCUCCUAGUCAAUAUUUAUAAGCAAUUAUUAGUGUUGUUGAAAUUCUAAUAAAUUAUGAUCAUGAUAAAAAGGUUCCAGUUUAUGGUUUUGGAUGCAAACCAAGAAUGAAUUUGAUUAAUACAAAUCAAACUCUUCAUUUAUUUCCAUUAAAUGAUAACCCAGAAGAUCCAGAGUAAAAUUUUAUAAUUUAUAUUAUUAAGAGUAUAUGGUUUAGAUGGAAUAGUUUAAUGUUAUAGAAAUUCAUUGCAUCAUUUGUCUUUUGAUGGUCCAACUUAUUUACAUCCAAUCUUAAAAAAUGCAAUGGAUAUGGCUUAACAAUGUAAAAACUAAGGUAGUGAAAAUUAUUUGAUACUGAUGAUCUUAACAGAUGGAUAAACAAAUGAUAUGUAAGCUUCUAUUGAUGAUAUAAUUGCUUCCUCAUAUUUACCAUUAUCAGUCAUUAUAAUUGGUAUUGGAGAUGCAAAUUUUAAGAAUAUGUCAAUCUUAGAUAAUGAUGACAAAAGUAUGGUUGAUAGUAAGGGAAAUAAAGCAAUUAGAGAUUUAGUUUAAUUUGUUCCUUUUAAUGAAUUUAAAAAUGAUCCUGCCCUUUUAUCUAAGGAAGUCUUGGCUGAAUUACCUGAUUAAUUAGUAGAGUAUAUGGAAUUAAUGAGUAUACCACCUAAACCACCUAAGAGUAAGAAUUUAAUAUUGAUAUUAGAUAUUCAAGCAAAUUAAUAUCAAAUUCCAAUCAAUAAUGUUUCUUAAUAGAAUAUUGGAAUUCCAUAAAAUCCCUAAUUUAAUGUAUUUCCUCAAAAUUAGAAUUUUUAAACUGAUUAAGAAAGUUAAUAAUAUAUAUCUUAAUAAUAAAUUUAUUAAUAAUACUAGUAAUAAUAAUAUCCAUAAUAACCUCAAUAGUUUAUCCCACCUUAAUAAUAUAUUCCAUAAUAAUCUUAAUAUCCUCAAUAAUAGAUAUAUCCUCCUUAAUAAUAUCCACCUUAAUAGAAUUAUUAAUAUUAGCAAUAGCAGGCCCCAUAAACUGGUGUGGCUACCAAAACUUUUGGUUAGGGAUUAGCACAAUAGGGAUUUUUAAAAGGAUUUGUUUAAUAGGCUAAUUAAUAAUUCAACUAUCCAUCAUAGUGA